CCGGUGGAUGUCAAAGGCUGGCGCGGCGGCGGCGGCACAGUAUAACUCGUGGGGCUGCCGCGGCCAUGGCCACAGCCGCCUCCAACCCCUACGGCCUGCUGGGCGCCGGCGCGCUCGCCCACGCCGAGGGCGCGGGCAUGCAGCAGGGCAGCCCGUUCCGCAGCCCGCAGAAGCUGCUGCAGAGCGAGUACCUGCAGGGCGUCCCCGGCAAUGGGCACCCGCUGGGGCAUCACUGGGUGACCAGCCUGAGCGACGGCGCGCCCUGGCCCGCGGCGCUGGCGGGCGGCCCGCUGGAGCAGCCCGACGUGAAGCCGGGCCGCGAGGACCUGCAGCUGGGCGCCAUCAUCCACCACCGCUCGCCCCACGUCUCCCACCACUCGCCCCACGCCAACCACCCCAGCGCCUGGGGCGCCAGCCCGGCGCACAGCGCCUCGCUGGCCGCCCCCCCCGCCGCCGCCGCCGCCGCCGCCGGGCAGCCCCUGAGCGUGUACUCGCAGGGCGGGUUCGCGGUGGGCGGCAUGCUGGAGCACGGCGGGCUCACCCCGCCGCCCGCCGCCGCCGCCGGCCAGGGCUUGCACCCGGGGCUGCGCGGCGAGGCCGGCGGCGAGCACGGCGAGCUGGGCGGCCACCACUGCCAGGACCACUCGGACGAGGAGACGCCGACCUCGGACGAGCUGGAGCAGUUCGCCAAGCAGUUCAAGCAGCGCCGCAUCAAGCUGGGCUUCACCCAGGCCGACGUGGGGCUGGCGCUGGGCACCCUGUACGGCAACGUCUUCUCGCAGACCACCAUCUGCCGCUUCGAGGCCCUGCAGCUGAGCUUCAAGAAUAUGUGCAAGCUGAAGCCGCUGCUGAACAAGUGGCUGGAGGAGGCCGACUCCUCCACCGGCAGCCCCACGAGCAUCGACAAGAUCGCGGCGCAGGGGAGGAAGAGGAAGAAGCGGACCUCCAUCGAGGUGAGUGUCAAGGGCGUGCUGGAGACGCACUUCCUCAAGUGCCCCAAGCCGGCCGCCCAGGAGAUCUCCUCGCUGGCGGACAGCCUGCAGCUGGAGAAGGAGGUGGUGCGGGUUUGGUUCUGCAACCGGCGGCAGAAGGAGAAGCGCAUGACCCCUCCGGGCGAGCAGCCGCAGCACGACGUGUACUCGCACGGCGUGAAAACGGACACGGCCUGCCACGACCUCUGACCGCGGGCUCGGCCCCGGGACUGCCCGGCCGCGGCACUGCCCGCCCGCACUAUGGGCUUUAACUUAUGGUUUCGGGAGACGCGGCGAGGGGUCCCCGCCCGCCGCCGCCUCGGCAAUAUUUUUUUUUUCCUCUCUCCGACCUGGUCACACACGGUGUUUACUCGCAGACAAGGUUUGUUUUCGGUCUCCGCUAGGAUGAAGGAAAAAAAAAAACAAAAGACACAAAAAAAAAAAAACCCUCACCAACCCCACCGCAAAACAAAACCCAAACAAAAAGGAAGGAAAAAAAAAAAAGAGAAAAAGAAAAAAAGAAAAAAAAGGGAAAACCCACGGAAAAAUAGAAAAUGAAAAGAAAAAAAGAGAACGAAAAACCCGACAGAAAAGGAAAGACAGAUGUGUGCCUAUGAAUAACCUUCCAGCGCCUUGGUUAUAUCAGCUGUAUUUCAGGUGAAUCUGUUUUACAAUAGACUAGUUUUGCAUUUUUAAAGACUUAUAUAGCGUUUUUAAAUGUCUGAGGUGUUUUACUACAAACUGUACACAAUAUUUGUGACCUAAUUUGUAUCGAAUUGAGCAGUCCAAACGUUCCUCCCUUCCCCAAGCACCGGCAAUGUCACCGAGCGGGGCCGGGGCAGGGCGGCCGCGGCCCUUCCUCAGCCCCCCGAGGAGAUGGGGCUCCCUCCGCGCCCGCGGAGCCCCGCGGAGCCCCGCACCGAUGUGAAGAACGGGCUUAUUUGUUGCAGCUUUUUUUCUUCCUUUUCAAGAACUUCCCAACACCGUAAAACGGUCGGGUCACAAGCCUGACCUCCCCCCCUCCCUUCUUCUCGCAAGGAAAAAAAAUAAUUAUAUAUAUAAAUAUAUAAAAUAAUUAUUUCUAGGAGAUUUACCCGAAAUUAAGCAUCACAACCAAACCCGUGGCAUUUGCCAGUCUUUUUUCUUUCCGAAGAUGAGUUGGGCUUUUUAAUCAGCGCCAGACUGAGAGGUCUGUAGUAAAACACCUUUAUCCUUCUGCGCUUUCGCUUCGGAAAUCGGUUUCUCUGUAUUUUGUUUCGAUAGUGAAGAGGAAUGAGGUGUCGGGGGGAGGGAGGAAGGGAGGGAGGGAAGAGGACAGAAAACGCCCGCAUUUGGUUCACGCUGAGCUUCUUUCCGCGUCGCAGGGAGAUGCUGGAUUUGUGGAAAAGCUUUUCUAAGGGGGAGGGCAGGGAGAGGGGGGGGAAGAAAAAAAAAUCAUAAUAAUCACCGACAAAACAAAACAGGGAGGAAAAAAAAAACCAACAAAAAAAAAAAAAAACAAAAACAAACCCUCAACCACCAAAACAAAUUCCCUAAAAUGCAAACGCCGUUUUUCGGGCGCAGGGAAGUGCUGAGCUGCACCCGCCCCCUCUCCCCCUGUCCCUCCCAGCCCGGGGCUGCGCUGUCCCCAAGGGCGGGGGGUGCGGUGGCCACGCACCCACCCGCGAGGGGUCCGUGUGAGUGUGUGUGUGUCCGUCUGUCUGUCCGUGUGUGUGUCCCCCCCCCGAGCCCCGCACCCCCGGGGCCGCCGGGCAGGGCCGGGCUCCCCCCCCCGCUCCCGGGGCUGCACCCGCGGCCCCCCGAGGGCCGGGCCGGUCCCCGCUCCGCAGCUCCCGCACAGCAUCCCCCCCCUCCUCUCCUUUCCUCUCCCCCCCCCUCGCCCUUUCCCUCCUCCAGAUUUUUUCCUUUCGACAUUUAUAUUUUUCAAGUAUUUUUCAGUAAGCGCUAAAAAAAAAAAAAAAAAGAAAAUAAGAAAAAAAAAGAAAUUAAGAGAAAAAGAAAAAAAAAAACUCGACACUGAGGACCUGCCUAUUUCUGCCAACUUUAUAACUGUACAGUUUUGUAUAUUAAACGUUUUUUGGAAGUUAUUAAUUUAAAGAAAGAUCAUUUAGUUUAUUCAUUUAGUAACUGAUGUAUAAUAAACGCUAUUUUCAUUAAAGGUUGCUUUUUUCAACUA